AUGUGGUCUACUAGCUAUCUUGAACUCCUCGGUAUUGUCGCUAUGUCCGUGAUCGAUCGCCUGUUUGGAUCAAACAUUGAUGAGCAUCCGCUAGUUCUGGGUCUCAUAAGUCUCAAAACUCGAAGUAACGUCGAUACAAUAAUAUGCCGGAAGGUGGAUCUCUUGGAUCGUACGACUAGCCGGCAGGGCGGCUACAUGAUGUUUGACGUGUCCAAGAGGAAGAGAAAUAAUGAGAAUUCAUUCCGUGGUCCUAGUAGACCUCAUCCAAUAACCUUCACAGCGUACCGAGACAAAGUCUCUGGAAUAUGGGAUCUAGUGUCCAAUAUGUUGAUUCCUCUCCUUUCUUUAUUAGUAACAACGGCGGCGUGCCCUUUAGAUGGAGGAGGAUUCUAUCUUGGACCGAAGCAUAGAUCGAACCCCUAUGAUCGAUCAUCUAUAGCCUCCCACUGA